CCAGAGCUGAAGUCUGAACUCCACCUUGAGGCAGAAUGAGGUUCACCCUGGGAUCUCUGCUGCUCAUGUUGCUGGUCUGCAGCCUCCCUCCAGUCCAUGGUGUUCUGGAAGCCUACAAUACAAACUUAAAGUGUAAAUGCAUCCAAGAGACUUCAGCCAUUAUCCCGAUCCACCACAUUGACAAGCUUCAGAUCUUCCCUCCUGGGAAUGGGUGCCCAAACAAAGAAGUCAUAAUUUGGAAAAAGAAUAAGUCAGUCCUAUGCUUGAAGCCUAACUUGAAAUGGACACAGAGCUUAAUAAAAAUAUUGCAGAGAAAAAAUGCUUCUUCAACUCGACCAGCUUCAGUGCUUAAGAGAAAGAUCAAGUGAUGCCAAUAUUCCUACUAAGGACACCUGUAUUCCCCCUGAAUCUGCUCUGGGUUUUAGUUUUGUAUUUGGAUGAACCUUUCCGAGAAAAAGAACUUCUCCAUAUGAGCAAGCAUGAAAAUAGAUGUAAAAUAACCCUCAGCAGCUUAUGGGGCCAAGUUGGGCUUUUUGAAAAACAUGGUACCCUCUAUACUUGGGCUUUUCAUUCUCAUUCAUCACAGAGGAAAGUUUCUUUGAGGGUAGUUACUUAGUAAUAAAUCACAUAGGUUUCUUUUAAUAGUAUAUCUAUUGCUUAGUGCUAAAUUUUCCCAGAAAAUAAGGGAAUAAGAAUUUAAACCUCAAACCUGAACAUGUGGCUUGAGUUAAGAAGGAAAUGAUGGAAUUCACUUCAAUCAUUUUACACUGUAAGAAAAGCAGGCUUCCAUAAGAGACUUGAAACCUGCCUGGGAAACCCAUGGAACUUUAUGAGACAGAGGGCUCUCAUAGUUGAUACCUUCCAUUUAAAAGCUCAGUAUUAAG